AACCCCGCCGCCGACCCGGCCAACAUUGUGGAAUCCCUCGUGUACAUCCUCGCCGAUGUUUUUGAUGCCACCAAGGACUUGUACCGGAGCUUGACCAUCAAGGAGCAGAAAGAGUAUGAGCAGAAUCUGAGGGCAAAGGGCUACCCGCCUUCAAGACGAGUCGAGUAUGUCCGCGAGGAGAGCCUGGGCAGCGAAGACGCCAUCAUGACCGACAAGUCGACAGUCAUCCGGCAGUUUGAAAAGGGUUACCAUGCGAUGGGCAGCGAAUUUGCCAGAGGUGAUGUAAUUGCACAUACAGAGCUCCAGUCCCACAUCAUCACCCUGCAGAGCCUGCUGGUGACCACAGCCAUCUACGGACCUACGUCAAAUAAUUCCUUUGCACAUCAGCUUUCUGAAAUCAAUGCCGCGUCGAGGGCGGCGGCAGCAGCAGCCAUUGAUACGUUGGCUGCAUUGCAGGAGAGGCAGAUGGAGGAGCGCCCCGUCACACCGCGUUCGAUGCACUCAGCUACAGCGCGUUCAAGCAUACAUCAUGCGCCUUCGGGUCUGCCAUCUCACACACCAUCGGCCAGUCACGCGCCGUCUUAUGCGCCAUCUCACUACAGUUCCUAUGCGCCAUCCAUCACGCCAUCCCAAUCAGCGUCGCGCACACCUACACGCGCAGCUUCGCACGUCUCUUCGCAAGCACCAUCGCGUGUUUUGGUACUUCCACAGCCCCCGAUUGGAGCGAGCGCAGCGCCCUCCAAGUAUGACGAAGCACAACCUCGGCCGUUUUCUAUGCGAGGCAGCAGCCCGGUCCACACGACCAUCCUCGACUGGCGCAGCAAAGUCGAGCCCGAAUCCGCCAUGACAGAAAGCUCGCUAACAGGCCCGGUAUCCUCGUCCGCAUUGACCUCAUCCCCGGACCAUCUCUACUGCGCCUACGCCUACGACCUUCAGCGCGACCCCACCCUGCCCCUCCCCAGCAGCAUCCUCUUAGCCAAAGACCCGCGAUGCCCCCACUGCACAAGUAAGCUGCAUCUUUCUCCGGGCAAAGCCUGGGAAAUCUCAAAGUGGGCAGGCGACACGGAACGCACAUUCCAGGUCCAGAACCGCUUUGUAGUAAAGUGCCAUCGUGACGGCCCAGACUGCCAGUACUGCUGCGUCAUCUGCUCCAAGUACAGUGACUCGGAUACUAUCUGCGGGGAUGUCAAGGCCCUGGUCAAGCAUCUUUCGGAUGAGCACGAGGUGAGAGAGCUCAAGCAUGAAGAGGAUAUCAUGGAGGUGAUUGAGCAGCCUGCUAGUAGACGCGAUAGCGGGAUUGGGCAGGCCACUUCCCGUAAGAGUAGGACCAGGCGGAGCGCAAGUGUGGUCUCGGGACAUGGGCGGAGACGAAGAAGCGUUGCGGGGGGGUAUGAUCGCGAGAUUGAUGUUUCUGAAGCUAGAUCGCUGAGGCGCUAG